AUGCAACGAAUCGUCAUUAUCGGCACCGGUUUCGCCGGGAUGUGGGCGGCCCUCGCUGCAAAGCGACUCAUCGACCUCAACAAAGCAAGCGACAUCAAGGUCGUUGUCGUCUCACCCGAGGCAAAACUCGUCGUACGGCCUCGUCUCUAUGAGUCCGGCGCGAAGAAUAUGAGCGCCCAACUCGACACCCUCUUCAACGAAGUAGACAUCCAGUUUGUUCAAGGAAAUGUGACUUCCAUCUCCCCCGACGAGCAGAAGGUGCAAGUCUUAAAGGCAGACGGGGAGCAAGAAGACCUGCCCUAUACCCGCCUCAUCCUUGCAGCGGGAAGCCGGCUCCGAAAACCCUCUAUCCCGGGCCUAGACAAGCACGCCUUCAGCAUCGACACGCUUGACGACGCAGUGAAGCUCGAAAACCAUCUCGCAAUUCUAGCACAGCAGAUCUCAAGCCCGGCUCGGAAUACCGUCGUCGUAGCGGGCGGCGGGUUCACGGGUAUCGAGAUUGCAGCCGAACUUCCUGUCCGACUCCGGCCGCUUCUUGGUACAGAGGAUAUCCGGGUAAUUGUGGUCGAGAGAAACAACGAAAUUGGGCCCGAACUCGGCGCAAAUCCACGACCUGCUAUACUCGCCGCUCUCGCCGCACAGGGUGUCGAACUCAACCUCGGCGCUGCGGUCUCAUCCGUCGACGAGGAAGGCGUCACCCUGUCAAACGGCGAACAUAUCGAGUCUUCCACCGUUAUCUGGACUGCUGGGCCCGAAGCAACACCGCUUACAAAAGACGUCCCCGACCCAAAAGACCCCCUCGGCCGCAUCCACGUCGAUCGCACCCUCCGCGCCCCCUCAGCAAAAGAAAUCUUCGUGACCGGCGACGCCGCAUUCGCCGACACCGACGGGUCCGGCCACUACGCGCUGAUGUCCUGCCAGCACGCCAUGAUCAUGGGCCGAUUCGCGGGCCACAACGCAGCCGCUGAUCUGCUAGGUCUGGAAUUGAAACCCUACGAGCAGAAGUACUACGGGACGUGCCUUGAUCUUGGACCUAGUGGGGCUGUUGUCACGGAGGGGUGGGAUCGCGAAGUGAGGUUUACGGGGAUGCAGGCGAAGGAGGUGAAGAGGUAUAUCAAUGGGACGUUGAUUUACCCGCCGGCUGGGGGGAUGGAGGAGGUGUUUAGGGCUGCGGAUCCGGAGGUGGGUGGGGUGACGCUUGCUUGA